GAACGAAAUUUCCUGCGUGCACGGCUCAGGCGGGCGCGGCGGGGCUGCGCUGCGCUGCUCCGGGGCUGUGCGGCGAUGGAGGACCCCCGAGGAGCGCCGCUGAAGCUGCUGCUGGGGCUGCUCUCCUUCCUCGCCUCCCACGGAGGGACAGCAGCAUUCCUGGUGACGGCCCCAUACACGCUCUGCAUCUGCCCUGAGGGCCAGAACGUCACCCUGAGCUGCCAAGUGAGUGGACCACUCACCGACCACCACGACCUGAUCUUCAAAACCUGGUACUUCAGCAACAACGGUGACCAGAGCUGCUCUGAGAAGCGACACAUUCGCAACCUGACUGAGAAGGAGCUGCGCCACGAUUCCGGCCGGCACCACGGCACCUCUGCCAACAGCACUGCGAGGUUCCCCCAUGGAUCACCAGGUGGUCACCGUGGUGUGGAGUUUGUCCCUGACCAUCAUGGGGCUUUCCACAUUGUGGUGAUGAACCUGACAAUGCAGGACAGCGGGAAUUACUGCUGCUAUGCCAUGGAGACACGGCGGGAGCACGGGAAGGUCCAUACCCUGCAUGUAGCUCACGGCUUCGUAGAGCUCCAGAUCCAGAGGGGCAGAGGAGCACUUCAGAACUGCACCUUUCACACUGCUACCAGCAAAGAUAUCACAGCCGCUGCGCUGGCAACGGGCGCCUGCAUCGUGGGCAUCCUCUGCCUGCCCCUCAUCUUGCUCUUGAUUUACAAGCAGCGGCAAGCGGUCAGCCACAGACGUGCUCACGAGCUGGUCCGAAUGGAGAGCAGUGCCCAGGGCAUUGAGAAUCCUGUCUUCGAGGCGCUCCCUGUGAGCAGUGCUGAGCAGCGGCCCCGACCCCAGCUCUCCUACCUGGGUGGACGGCAGCUCUCUGAGUCUGGCCGGCACCUGCUGUCCGAGCCCAGCACCCCGCUGUCCCCACCAGGCCCUGGGGAGUGCUUCUUUCCCACUCUGGACCCUGUUCCUGAUUCACCAAAUUCCUUAAAAGCCUGAAGAGCCCCAUGGCCAAUGCAACGGAGGAGGGCACUGUGUUGUGGCUGUGCAGGAGGGGAUGCGGCCAGAGCGGGCAGCAGCUCCCACCCAACCACCCCCAGCAGGAAAAUUAAAAAUAAAUAGAAUAAAGACCUCCACACCUUC